CGGUGUUAUCCUGCAGUGGAUCCAGGGGUAAAACGGGAAAUCUGCAAAGUCGAGGAGGGAACUUUCCUCUCCUCUCUCGGUCUCUAGCUCCUCUCUUCCACCGCCGCAUUUGCUGCGCCUCAUCAUCGGCGACCUCACCGCCGGCGACGGGACGCAACAAGCCAGCGCCCUUCCAUCCACGGCAAGUCUUCUCACACGUCGAGAAGCGUCGCCCUCCUCCUCCUGCUCCUCGUCCCCGCCCUCUACUGGUACUGGACCGGCGUGGAGUUGAGAUCCAUCAGGACUUGGAUCGAUUUCUUCUUUUGUUGGUUCGUCUUAUUCUUCCGCGCUCGAGAUUGACCUAUGCAGUUUACUUUCUAAAAUUUUGGGCUCUACUGAUCUGUUGCUGUGUGAUCCCACGGAUUGGAGCGGCUCGAUGUGUUGUGCUAACAUGCUAAAAAUUCAGAUAUUGGAGUGAAGCUUGCCUUGACAUGGCAAUGUACUAGGGUUUACUGUUCAGUAAUAGGCUACUACUUGGAAGGUGACGACCAUUGCUUCCGAAGCUCUUUGAAGUUGGUGCUCGGUGGCUUUAUUAAUCUGGGUGAUAGCAUGAUAAAGCAAUUCCUUGGACGGAUCCCCAAGAAACAGUCUAAAUCCAGGGAUAAGGAUCCUAUUGGCAGGUCCAGCCCCUCUGUGUCGCACCCGCCAUUGGGUUCGAGAGGUGCAGACAGGACCUCCAACUUGAGUAACCAGCCACCGGUCAUCUCCAGCUCUGGGCUUAGUUAUGGGAGUGGCAUGCAUGUCGGAAAUGCAAACUCAAGGGUAAAUGUUAAUGGUGUUUCAGCCUCGUCAGCCUUUGUGUCGUUACCAAGCUUUAAGGAUGUGCCCAAUACGGAGAAGCAGAGCCUGUUCAUCAAGAAGUUGAACUUGUGCUGCACUCAAUUUGACUUCACCGAUCCAACAAAGAACAUAAAGGAGAAGGAAAUAAAGAGACAAACUUUGGUGGAGCUUGUUGACUAUAUUGACUUGGCCAAUGGGAAAUUUUCUGAGGCAAGCAUGCAAGAGAUCACAAAAAUGGUUUCUGUAAACCUGUUCAGGACACUGACUACCCCUCCAAGAGAGAACAAAGUGGAAGCCUUUGAUGUGGAUGAGGAGGAGCCUGUCAUGGACCCUUCAUGGUCGCACUUGCAGAUUGUUUAUGAGUUGUUCUUGAGGUUCAUUCAGUCUCCAGAGACUGACGCCAAGUUGGCUAAAAGAUACAUCGAUCAUUCGUUUGUUUUGAGGCUACUUGACCUCUUUGAUUCUGAAGACCCUAGAGAGAGGGAGUACCUCAAGAUGAUACUUCACCGUGUCUAUGGAAAGUUCAUGGUUCAUCGGCCAUUUAUUAGGAAAGGCAUCAACAACAUCUUCUAUCAGUUCAUCUAUGAAACUGAAAAACACAAUGGAAUUGCAGAGCUGUUGGAGAUUUUGGGGAGUAUCAUCAAUGGGUUUGCAUUGCCACUUAAGGAAGAGCACAAAUUGUUCCUUGUUCGAGCUUUAAUUCCGCUUCACAAGCCAAAAUGCAUUUCGAUGUAUCAUCAGCUGCUAUCUUACUGUAUUACCCAGUUUGUCGAAAAGGAUUGCAAACUUGCAGAUACAGUUAUCAGAGGCCUAUUGAAAUAUUGGCCCAUCACAAACAGCUCUAAGGAGGUGAUGUUUUUGGGAGAGUUGGAAGAGAUAUUGGAAGCUACACAACCUGCAGAGUUCCAGAAAUGCAUGGUACCUCUUUUCCGCCAGAUAGCACGGUGCCUGAAUAGCUCACACUUUCAGGUUGCUGAGAGAGCAUUAUUUUUGUGGAAUAAUGACCAUAUCGAGAAUUUGAUCAAGCAAAAUAGCAAGGUUAUAUUACCUAUCAUCUUUCCUGCACUGGAGAGAAAUACUAACAGGCACUGGAACCAAGCUGUGCAAAGCCUCACUCUUAAUGUUCAAAAACUGUUCUCUGAUCAUGAUGCUGGACUAUUCACCGAGUGUCUGCGGAAAUAUGAGGAAGAGAAAGCCAAAGAGAAGGAGGUCAAAUUGAAGCAAGAAGCCACAUGGAAACGCCUUGAAGAGAUUGCAUCAGCGAAAGCAACAAGCGGAGCAGCAGUGCUCGUCUCUUGGCCCUUACCUCGUCAAUCUUCAGUUGUGUAGCGAGUCAUUCAUGUGGUAAAGAAAUGUACUACUUGGUAGUUUCAAGUUUGGGCAAGCGUUUUCUGAUUUUUGAAAAAUUCUCGAAUUGUUAGGUAUUCAUGAAACAUUGUACAGGAUUGAGUUGUAUAUACGAGGUAUAUUAAGGUGGGCAAUUUGACAUAAGAUCUGAGAAGCCAGUUGGGUUAGGCACAGUAGCGCUAUUUCUGGAUCCUUAGUCUUGGCUCAUUUUGGCAUGAUAAGAUCUGCAGUUGAUUUCUGUAACAUUUAACCUUGCCUGAAGUUGGUUAUGAUUUGUUUUUACCUGGUCC